GUUUAUCUACAUUGUGUCAUGUCAUGAUUAUGCCCGCGGUAAAUCACGGAUCACUACAUCGACAUGGUGUUACAUUGUUACUAAAAUAACCGGACUUGCGUGUGGUUGGUGCUACAGUUCAAAGGCAACCAACUCACGAGGUAACGUUACUGUACAGUAGUGCAACAACUUGAAAUGACUGUCUGACAUUCGCUCACAUAUUGAGUGACAGGAUGCUGAGAACACUUUUAACAGCUGUCCGCGGUCCUGCGGUCUGCGUGGGUCGGUGUUUCAGCAGUGAAGUGAGUGGUGCAGUUUCCACGUUAACCGGGUUCUCCUCUCCACCGUUCUCAACGGAGGCUUCACUCUAUGUUCACUGGCCUUACUGUCUGAAGAGAUGCUCCUACUGUAACUUCAACAAGUACAUUCCUCGCUCUGACAACCAGGAUGUCAUGUUGGAGUGUCUCCAGCGGGAGACGGAGACCUUACUAAAGCUCAGCCAGGUGUCCCGGGGGCGGGACUCAAGGUCUUCCCUAGCCCUCCACUAUCGCUGGUUGGUCCUAGAGACACUGCUGUCUCUCCGGGACGACGACCUGAAGGUUCUGGGGAGAGACCACAACUCCCAGCAUGCUUUGCAGACCGUAGCGGAGGCUCGGAGGCUCUGCCCGGGGAGGGUGUCGGUCGACGUCAUGUUCGGACGCCCUGGUCAGAGCGUUGCAUCCUGGGAGUUGGAGUUGGAUGAGCUGCUGUCGGUGUGUGAUGACCACGUCUCCCUGUACCAGCUGACCCUGGAGAGAGGCACACAGCUCUUCAGACAGGUCCAGAAAGGCCAACUGAGCGUGCCCAGUGAUGACAUCACAGCUGUCAUGUAUGACUCUGCCAGGAGGAUUCUUCAGAAGAGAGGCUAUCUGCAGUAUGAGGUGUCCAACUUUGCCAGAAAUGGUGCCAUCAGCCAACACAAUAUGAGCUACUGGAAGGCCAGUCAGUACCUUGGAGUGGGCCCAGGUGCCCAUGGUCGCUUCGUCCCCCGUGGAGAGGGGGAUGUGUGUCGAGAGGCCCGUACCCAGACUCUGGAGCCUGAUGUCUGGUUGAGAGAGGUGCAGCAGAGGAGUCACGGGACCCGACGCAGGAUACCCCUCACCCACCUGGGACUGUUGGAGGAAGUGUUGGUCAUGGGACUGCGUUUGAUUGACGGCAUCACUCACCAGCAUUGGCAGUUGUUCAGUCCCAGGGCAGAUCUGUACCAGAUUCUCAGCUCAUCCUCUGAAGUACAAGACCUUCAACAGACAGGCCUCCUAAUCCUGGAUGACAGAGGUCUGCGGUGCUCGUGGCAGGGCCUGGCCUUACUGGACAGCAUGUUACCCACUCUGCUGCUGCUGCUGGAGGCCUACAUCACCCAGGGGCUCGACAAUAACAGUGGUUCACUACAGCUCUGAUGACAGAGAACUAGAGAAGCGUGGAGGAACUGGAGUCCGUGGCACGCUGACCUUCAUAAACAAACUAUUUAACUGCUGCUUUUGGUAACUGCUUGUCGUGUGUGUGUGUGUGUGUGUGUGUGUGUGUGUGUGUGUGUGUGUGUGUGUGUGUGUGUGUGUGUGUGUGUGUGUGUGUGUGUGUGUGUGUGUGUGUGUGUGUGUGUGUGUGUGUGUGAGAGAGAUUACCUCUACUACAUUGAAGGGGUACAGAAUGAUGUGUUCAUAGAGGACAUGGUGUGGAGAACCUUUCCCGAGUCCUGACAGCAUCCUGUUAAACUGUAAAGUGCAGAGCUUUAUCAGUAUAUCAGGCCCAUCUAACCUGUCACUGAUCAGAACAUGGUGACGGCAGGUUAGUGUCAUCUUACUGCAGCUCAUCUACUUCAUCAGUGUAGAUGGUCGACGAGACCAGUAGCUACAGUUCAUAGUGGCUGCCGGGCCAGUCUCCGGGCUCAGUCUCCGGGCUCAGUCUCCGGGCUCAGUCUCCGGGCUCAGUCUCCGGGCUCAGUCUCCGGGCUCAGUCUCCGGGCUCAGUCUCCGGGCUCAGUCUCCGGGCCAGUCUCCGGGCUCAGUCUCCGGGCUCAGUCUCCGGGCUCAGUCUCCGGGCUCAGUCUCCGGGCUCAGUCUCCGGGCCAGUCUCCGGGCUCAGUCUCCGGGCUCAGUCUCCGGGCCAGUCUCCGGGUCAGUCUCCCCUGUCUGUCAGCCAGGCUUGGAGACCCUCUGUCCUCCAUGUCGCUGGUCUCUUAUGGGGCCCCUGGCCUUCUUCCCCAUCAUCAUA